AUGAACGGAGAUAACUACUCCUCCAGAGCUAACCGACGCGCAAUAGACAGUGGUCGUUACGGCUCAUCUCGCGAUCAUCAGUCCUCCAGACGUGAUCGCGACGAUAGACGCGACCGUGGUGACCCCCGCGACAGCAGAGGUAGCAGGAGACGGUCCAGAUCCCCACCAGAUUAUCGUAGCGGCGGUAGAUCUCGUCGCGACGAAGGUGCUGGCGGCGGAGAUGUCGACGCAUAUUCUUCCAGCCGAAGCCAUCGUGAUAGAGAGCGCGAGGACCGAUACACUGGAGGACGGGAUCGCCGAGGAGGGGACCGUGGCGGUGAUAGGGAAUGGGACCGGGACAGAGGUGGCAGAAGCAGGCGUGACGACGACGAUGGGAGACGCGAGCGCCGCGGGGAGCGCCCUGAUCGGGAUGUUAUCGACGAUCGCCGGGGUGGUGGAAGACGCGGUGGUGGCGAUAGGGACGCCGACAGAGAGAAGGAAAGGGAACGCCGUCGCAGUGCAUCGCCGCCCCCCAAGAAGCGCGAACCCACUCCCGACUUGACCGAUAUCGUGCCGAUCCUCGAACGCAGACGACGUCUUACACAAUGGGAUAUCAAACCACCCGGAUACGACAAUGUCACGGCCGAACAAGCCAAGCUUUCGGGCAUGUUCCCGCUUCCAGGAGCCCCCAGACAGCAGGCCAUGGAUCCAACGAAGUUGCAGGCCUUCAUGAGCCAGCCAGGUGGAGCGGUCAAUAGCGCUGCUCUCAAGCCCACGAACUCCCGCCAGGCCAAGCGCUUGAUUCUGUCAAAUAUCCCCGCCUCAGCAACCGACGACAGCAUCGUCAACUUCUUUAACCUACAGCUCAACGGCUUGAACGUCAUUGAGCAGACGGACCCAUGCCUUCUCUGCAACAUCUCCCCAGACCGGUCGUUUGCUAUGCUUGAGUUCCGCAACAAUACAGAUGCGACGGUGGCGCUGGCUCUCGACGGCAUCACGAUGGAUGCUGAUGAUCACCAGGCGAACGGAAACGGUGCUGCGGCCACAGGGUUGAAGAUCCGUCGGCCGAAGGAUUACAUUGUCCCUGCGAUCGUGGAGGACCCCAACUAUGACCCCGACUCCAGUGUGCCAUCAACCAAUGUUGUUGAUGGCCCGAACAAGAUCAGUGUUACCAACAUCCCUCCUUAUCUCACCGAAGAUCAGGUUAUGGAGCUUCUCGUUAGCUUUGGCAAGCUUAAGUCGUUUGUGUUUGUGAAGGAUAAUGGCACACAAGAGCCAAGGGGCAUUGCGUUCUUGGAGUACGCCGAUUCCAGCGUCACGGAUGUUGCAAUCAGUGGUCUCAACAACAUGAUGCUUGGAGAGAAGGCGCUCAAGGUUCAGAAGGCCAGCAUUGGCAUCACCCAGGUUGCUGGUGAACUCAGUGUCAACGCCAUGUCUAUGCUUGCUGGUACUACUCCCUCGGACAAUGACGCCGGUAGAGUCCUCCAGCUCCUAAAUAUGGUCACUGCGGAUGAGCUCAUGGAUAACGAUGAUUACGAAGAAAUUCGUGAUGAUGUACAAGAGGAGUGCGAGAAGUUUGGCAAGAUCCUCUCCCUCAAGAUUCCUCGGCCGGUCGGUGGCAGCCGACAGUCAGCCGGCGUGGGCAAGAUCUUCAUCAAGUUCGAGAACCAUGAAGCUGCCAACAAGGCUCUUCGGGCUUUGGCCGGGCGGAAGUUCGCUGACCGGACUGUGGUGACGACAUAUUUCCCCGAGGAGAACUUCGAUGUUAAUGCGUGGUAA